AGGCCCCCAGAGUGCACAUACGAUUGUGAACGAAUCCGUGUGUAAAGUUUUGUCACUCUUGGUGAGAGCAGGUUAUGGCCUCCCCAUCGUCGUUGUGUUUUUUAAGGUUGAGAGCGACAGUGUGUGUCUUCAUCUCCCUUUCAGAAGCAAAGAGAUUCGCUCCAGCCGAUUUGAUACUGCUUCCGAUCCCAGCGGCAUUAAUCAGGUGGCGAUCGGCACUCCAAUCAUGGAUUCGGGAGUUGCACGGCUGUGUGUCAAUCAAUUCACUGUGAUCAAGUUCUGAUCGCCGCCGGGAGCUCCAGAGAUGGCCUACUUGAGCAAAGCCAUUCAUGUAUUCAUUCUUCACAUGUUUCUAAUUUCGAGCUCACGGGAGAUGUUAAAGAUGGCCACACCAGCUCGUUCGGGAGCACCACUCUUCCUGCUGGUCGUGUUGGUGGCGGCUUUCGCGAUGUCCACGGCUCUCGCCAGCGACAACAGCGUGACCAUCAUCAACGAUGUCGGGGUCACAAUCCAAGUGCACUGCAAGUCAGGGGACCGUGACUUGCACCCGAGGACCCUCUUGAGCGGGCAGAGGUUUGGUUGGGGAUUCAAGUCCAACUUCUGGGGCACAACGCUGUUUUACUGCAGCUUUAACUGGGGAGUCAAACACCAGAGCUUUGAUGUGUGGAGCAUGCAACAAUCGUGCUGUUGGUGGCCUGUGUGGACUGUCACUACUCAAGGGUUUCUCUUGGAAGACGCAGGCUGUGGAAAAGCGAAAACCUACAGACAUCCAUGGAUGUAGUGCCAAACGGCUUGCUGCAAAUCAUUGUGUGGAGCAUGCAACAAGACGUGGUUUACAAUCUUCCCACCAUCUGUGAUUCUUCCAAGCUGAAACAUGGGAGUAACCUUCUCUGUCCUAGACGAUGUAGAGGCCUAGCGCACCGAUUCUCCGAAUUCACCCAAGCCUGGCCAUUCCCCAGGACCAAACUUUCCUUGGUCCGAACAAGAUCAGUACUUACAACGGCUCGCAAGCUAUAAUCUGCCAGUUCUCACGAUGAAGUGUCCCAGCGGUACAGUUUAGAAGCGUUUGCAGACAGGUGUUGAACGUAGAACUGAGCUCGAUGCCGUGUAUUCUCACACACAACUCGUUUGUUUUACCGAACAGAAUCAUACAAUAAAUCAGCUUGCAUUGCAA